GAGCCCAACCUCAGUUUUCGCAAGCAGGAGAAUCACAGCACCGACCUUCAAGCUAAGACCCUGGCUAAGCUGGCAAGUCAACAUUGGAGUCAACAUGGGACAGCCUCCCCGUGGAACGCUGCGACACCUUGUAGUCCAUGCCCGGAUGAAUUCAGGCUGCUCUGAAGACAAAAAGGGGUGCAACUCAAUAUUAGGAAAGAGUUUUAUACACUCAAGAGUAUCUUUUAGUGUAAUAAUGUUAUUGCCGAUGUAAGGUUGUUUUUCUUCACUGAGUGGAAGACCAGUGUAUGUGUGUAAGUGAUAUUCUUCAAGAAUCAAUGGGUAGCCUAUAUUUCAUUCAUUUGAACUAUUUAAAAAAUAGCUGUAAAUAUCAGAGUGGGGACUUUAAAUUAUGAGCAACGUGACUUACCAGGUUUUUAUCAUCCUUUGUUCCAUGCACAGCUCAGAUAUAUUUCAAUGAACAGGAUGGGCAUACUUCACGAGGGAUUGUUUCUGGACAGAGCUGUGAUUUCCUGGAAAUCAGGCUCACUAGUGCCUGUCAGAAGGAUUGUUUCUGGACAGAGCUGUGAUUUCCUGGAAAUCAGGCUCACUAGUGCCUGUCAGAAGGAUUGUUUCUGGACAGAGCUGUGAUUUCCUGGAAAUCAGGCUCACUAGUGCCUGUCAGAAGGAUUGUUUCUGCCUGGAUUUCUGACGUAAAUACACAACAUUUUACUGUGUUGCUGGUUUCAGAAAGUGUCCCAUUUUGCCAAUACUCACCAAAAAUAUCCUCCACAUAUUCAGUCAGUUUAUCUACUGUCUACUCUGUCAUCUUGUGGAUGUAGAUUCUCGCGUUAUACGUAGAGUAAUAGGUGAUCAUUUGAAAAGGUGGAAUUAUACUGAACAAAAAUGUACUAUGCAACAUGCAACAAUUUCAAAGACUUUACUGAGUUACAGUUCAUAUAUAUUUUCCUUAUGGAAAUCAGUCAAUUGAAAUAAAUUAUUUAGGCCCUAAUCUAUUGAUUUCAUAUGACUGGGAAUAUAGAUAUGCAUAUGUUGGUCACAGAAACCUAAAUAAAAAGGAGGAACGUGGAUCAGAAAACCAGUCAGUAUCUGGUGUGACCACCAUUUUCCUCAUGCAGGGCAACAUAUCUCCUUCGCAUAGAGUUGAUCAGGCUGUUGAUGGUGGCCUGUAGAAUGUUGUCCCACUCCUCUUCAAUGGCAAUGAAAUCACAUAUACUAAUGUCUGGUGGAAAAACAGACAUUUCAUUUUCACCUCCACCAUUCCUACUGUACAGCACCACAGGGUCCAAGUUUGUUUUCAAACUAUAACAUCUAACAUUUCAUUCAAUUAAGUAACAUUCUUUAAAAAUACUGAAAUUAAGUCAGACUAAAAAAUCUAGCAUAUUCACGCACAGUAUACACGUCUAUCUUCUUCCUUACAUGAUUGUGUAUUUGGAUAGUAAGCAAGCAUAAAACAUCACAGGAAGGGUAUAGAUGGCUCUAACACAUGUGUGUCCUCAUGAGUGCAGGGGUCUGGUCUGGUACGGUGUCUUGAACCCCUGGGCAACACCCCUUCUGUUUGUCUUCCCCCCCUUCCCCGCACUUUUCUUUGAUAAGGCACGAAAAUGAAAUGAACAAUAUUGUAUAAAAGUGUGCUUCAAAUUGUUUACUUUAAAUUAUUUGUAGCUAUCGUCUCUAUCUGUGCGUGAGAGUGCAGUCGACUCAGUUGCCCUACCAAGAAACACGUAAUACCGUAAAGUGUUGUGUAUUCGUGCAUACCAAUUCAGGCGGAUACUGGCUUGACCAUUUUGCGAGUGUCAGUUCAGUUAACAAAUGGUCACAUUUGUGCAGUAUUGUUUAAAAAAAACCCGGCUCGGCUCGGGUUUAACAUUUUGAGGAUCCUUCAAUUUCAAGAAUUUUAAGAGAAAACAACAACAUGGCAUUCCUGUGGGCAUGGCUUGGAGACUUUAUGAAGGUCAAGUCAAAGUAUGGAGACAUUAUGGAGGUUAAAACUACUGGUGCCUCUAAGGAGACAGCAGAUGCUGACGGCCAUGCUAGCGGUUAUAGCGGGGUGACUAAAUACAUUGACAUCAUCAGAGAGGUGGAGAAAGAGAAUGAAAUAGCCCCGGCUCUCAUCUGUGGCAUCAUCUCAAGAGAGACCAGAGGUGGGAGAGCAAUACGUAAACCGUCCCCACCAAUCGUCCCAAAACAAGGCUGGGGGGACUAUGGAAGAGGCUUUGGGCUAAUGCAGGUGCAGAGCCCCAACCUCAGUUUUCGCAAGCAGGAGAAUCACAGCACCGACCUUCAAGCUAAGACCCUGGCUAAGCUGGCGAGUCAACAUUGGAGUCAACAUGGGACAGCCUCCCCGUGGAAUGCUUCGACACCUUGUAGUCCAUGCCCGGAUGAAUUCAGGCUGCUCUGAAGACAAAAAGGGGUGCAACUCAAUAUUAGGAAAGAGUUUUAUACACUCAAGAGUAUCUUUUAGUGUAAUAAUGUUAUUGCCGAUGUAAGGUUGUUUUUCUUCACUGAGUGGAAGACCAGUGUAUGUGUGUAAGUGAUAUUCUUCAAGAAUCAAUGGGUAGCCUAUAUUUCAUUCAUUUGAACUGUUUAAAAAAUAGCUGUAAAUAUCAGAGUGGGUUUUUAUCAUCCUUUGUUCCAUGCACAGCUCAGAUAUAUUUCAAUGAACAGGAUGGGCGUACUUCAUGAGGGAUUGUUUCUGGACAGAGCUGUGAUUUCCUGGAAAUCAGGCUCACUAGUGCCUGUCAGAAGGAUUGUUUCUGGACAGAGCUGUGAUUUCCUGAAAUCAGGUUCACUAGUGCCUGUCAGAAGGAUUGUUUCUGCCUGGAUUUCUGACGUAAAUACACAACAUUUUACUGUGUUGCUGGUUUCAGAAAGUGUCCCAUUUUGCCAAUACUCACCAAAAAUAUCCUCCACAUAUUCAGUCAGUUUAUCUACUGUCUACUCUGUCAUCUUGUGGAUGUAGAUUCUCGCGUUAUACGUAGAGUAAUAGGUGAUCAUUUGAAAAGGUGGAAUUAUACUGAACAAAAAUGUACUAUGCAACAUGCAACAAUUUCAAAGACUUUACUGAGUUACAGUUCAUAUAAGGAAAUCAGUCAAUUGAAAU